AUGAUAUUGACAGGAUUCAAACCUCAGAACGAGAUUGACCUCGGGUACGCGGGCAUCCAGCUAAGAAACGACGAGAACAUGCCCAACCACAUGUGUUUCGAACAGCUCGACGCAUUCGCUCCCUCCACGGCAACCUCCUCCUCAGGGGAGCAUUCCCCACUCACGGACACUCUGUUCCACGAUCAGCCACUGGACACGCCAAGCUCGCUCAUCACUACCCCUACGCAGGACCAGAUCUUUAUAUCGAACAACCCUCUGUUCACGUCGCCCACAGACCAGCGAGGGGACACCACCAGCACAAAGGGGCCUCGCAUAAAGCGCGAGGACUCGGAUGAUGUGCGCCUGCAGACCCCCAAAGUAACGCCCACGGCAAAGACGAGAACGAGAGCCUCAUCCAACGCGUCCUCUCCGUCCGCAAAGUCGAGAAAGAGACUGACAAAACAUCAAAAGGAGGCACACAACAAAAUAGAGAAACGGUACAGGAUCAACAUCAACACUAGGAUAGCCAAGCUGCAGCAGAUCAUUCCGUGGGUCGCAGCGGACGACACAGCGUUCGAAGUGAGCGACACGGUGAAGAAGUCGGACACUCCGGGCACAAAGUUGAACAAGUCAAUAAUAUUAGAAAAGGCCGUCGACUACAUACUGUACUUGCAAAACAACGAAAACUUGUACGAGUUGGAAGUACAAAGAUUGAGAAGUGAGCUAGAUCUAAUGAAAAACGUAAGGACAACACAAGAAUUCGGAGACAACGUCCCCCCACUACACCAACUACCAACUGGACUGUGA